CAAUCUAACUCUUUCUACCUUUCUUUAUGUCUACUUCUCAUUUCCACAAAAACAAAGCAUAAGAUUCAUAUCAUCACCGACAGCAACAACAAAAAAAACAUCACACACAGAGAAACAAAAAUGUCCGAACAAGAACCACAUCCACCAUCAAACGACCUAUGUUCAAUCUGCCACGGAACCUUCCAAAUCCCAUGUCAAGCAAACUGCUCCCACUGGUUCUGCGCAAACUGUAUACUCCUUGUUUGGCGCCACACUUCCGGCAUUCAGCCGUGCAAAUGUCCGCUCUGUCGUCGACCGAUCAACCUCCUGGUUCCGACCAACGAGAUUAACAACGAGGAUUCACAGCAGAUUCUGUCGGAGAUUCAGAUUUAUAACCGGACUUUUGGUCGGCAAUCUGAUGCUCCUAUUGCUCAGAGGAUUCUUGAUCUUCCGUUUUUGCUGAGGAGGCUGUUUAGGGAUUUUGUUAAUCCUGAUAAUUCGCUUCCGGUUGUUAUCAAAGCUCGGAUUUUUCUUUCGAUGAUACUGAGUGUCAUAUACAUCGUCAGCCCGAUUGACAUCAUUCCAGAAGGAAUAUUCGGAGUGAUUGGUUUCUUGGAUGAUGCUCUAGUUGCACUAAUCUUCUUCCUACAUGCUGCUGCCAUUUAUAGAUCAGUUCUUUACCUCCGUCAUGGGGGUGCAUAAGUAAAGUUGUGAAAUGAGAUGUUGCAUUUUCUUCCAUAUUGUGAAAAUUGACUAUAACCUGUAUUGUACAUAAGAUAGACACGCUUUAGAUCAGUUUAUAAUUUGGAUUUAGCAAGAGGUUAAUCUAUAAACUCCAUUUAAAUUUCAAA